CAAAUAAAUUUGCGUCGGGGCCCCCACCCUGCUCAACCCGACAGCCCCCGCCUCGAUCCCCCAAAUCCCCAAACCCUAGCUCGCCGGAGCCCGCGCUCUCCGGCGACUCCUCCGGCCGAUUCGUCGCGGCCGCCGUGUGAUGCGUCCAGGGAAUCGUGGCUGAGUUUCUCUCGUCGGUUUGGUUUCGAUGGCCGCGCAGCCCCCGCCGGCGCCUCCCGCCGUGGAGGCGCGCUUCGCGGAUCUCUGCAAGGAGCUGGGACUGGGCGAGGGCGUCGCCGGCGAGGCCGCGGCGCUGCUGGAUGAGGUGAAGGGCGUGCUUCUCGCGGCGCCUUCGGUCGGAGGCAGAUCGGCUAAGGAUGCAGAGAGGCUCUGCUUCGCGUUCGUGCUGUACUGCGCUGUGAAGCUCAAGGGGCGGAAGGAAGGCUCUGGGGUCAGGCUGUGUGAGAUCUUGAAGAGCUGCAAGCUCAAGUAUGACGAUUUCUUCAAGGAAAUGCAGCAGCUUGGUCUGAAGAUUGAGAAGAUCUUAGAGAGCCGUUAUGGCCGGGAUUGGGAAGGCCAACUCGAGCUGAAGCAGCUGGAGGGUUUGGUAAACCUGCUGGCCGAUGCAAGCAGGUUCUAUCGUAAGGCAUAUAAUGAACUAUUCUCAAGUGCGAGUACUGAUCAGGAGCCUGGAUUAGCAACAAGUACUCCUGACUAUAUUCUUUUCGGGUGGCAUGUCUUCUUAAUGCUUCGUUCAAGAUCACCGGAACUGUUUAAGGAUCUAGUAUCCUGCAUCCAUGGAUUGGUUGCUGUAUUGGCCAUACUUUUGAUUCAUGUGCCUGCUAAAUUGAGGAGCUUCACGAUUGAAGGCUCUUCUCACUUAAUCAAACAAACUGAGAAAGGCGUGGAUAUUAUUGCUUCAUUAUGUCAUAACUACCAUACCUCUGAAGAACGUCUGAAAGAAAUGAUGGGCAAAUCUCACGAGGCAAUAGAGGACUUCUUUGGCAUGAAAGCAUUAAGUGCUUCAAAGUGCAAAACAGAAAAUUUGGAUAAAAUAGACACAGAUGGUCUGAUGUGUUUCAAAGGUCUCAUCGACGAGGAAAGUUUCCAGCAAAAUUUGGAAAAAUUGGAGAAACUACGCAAUUCCAAUAGCUGGGAAGGGGAGCUUGAUUUGAAACUAUUUUUGAGUAAUGACUAUGUUCCCUCUGCCGAGAACACAUCUGGGGCCUCCAGUAAUUUAGGAUGUUCAAAGCGUGCAUUUGAAACAUUAGCGUCACCCACAAAGACAAUAAAGAACAUGUUGACUGUCCCUUGUUCCCCUUCAUCACCUGCCAGUGGUGGUUCAGUCAAGAUUGUGCAAAUGACACCAGUAACUUCUGCCAUGACGACAGCUAAGUGGCUUCGUGAGGUGAUAUCUUCAUUGCCAGAGAAACCUUCAUCUAAGCUUCAGCAGUUGCUGUCAUCAUGUGAUAGGGAUUUGACUAAUGAUGUGACUAAAAGGGUCAGCAUAGUUUUGGAAGCAAUUUUCCCAACCAAGCCUUCUGCAGAUCGGGGUGGUUCAAUAGGCCUCAACUGUGCAAAUGCAUUUGACAUCCCAUGGGCAGAAGCAAGAAAAAUGGAGGCCUCCAAAUUGUAUUAUAGAGUAUUGGAGGCAAUCUGCAGAGCUGAGUCACAGAACAGUAGUGUAAAUAAUCUAACUCCAUUGCUGUCAAAUGAGCGUUUUCACCGAUGUUUGAUUGCAUGUUCAGCUGAACUAGUAUUGGCAACACAUAAGACAGUCAUCAUGAUGUUUCCUGCUGUUCUGGAGAGUACUGGUCUAACUGCAUUUGAUUUGAGCAAAAUAAUUGAGAACCUUGUGAGACAUGAAGAAACCCUUCCAAGAGAAUUGAAAAGGCACUUAAAUUCUUUAGAAGAACAGCUUUUGGAAAGCAUGGCAUGGGAGAAAGGUUCAUCAUUGUAUAACUCACUGAUUGUUGCCAGGCCAUCUCUUGCUUCAGAAAUAAAUCGUCUUGGUCUUUUGGCUGAACCAAUGCCAUCUCUUGACGAGUUAGUGGUAAGGCAGAAUUUUCAUGUUGAGGGCUUACCAGCUACACCAUCUAAAAAUCGUGCUGCUGCGUCAGAUGAUAACACUGAUCCUCGAUCACCAAAGAGACUCUGCAAUGAAUCCAGGAACACAGUAGUAGAGCGCAAUUUGCAGACACCACCACCCAAGCAAAGCCACAGCGUGCCGACUAACUUGAAAGCAAAAUGCCAACCACUCCAGUCCACAUUUGCAAGCCCAACUGUCAGUAAUCCUGUUGGUGGGAAUGAAAAAUGUGCUGACAUAACGGUUCAGAUAUUCUUUUCUAAAAUUCUGAAGCUGGCUGCUAUUAGAAUAAGAAAUUUGUGUGAAAGGGUUCAAUAUGUGGAACAGACAGAGCGUGUCUACAACGUGUUCAAGCAAAUUCUUGAUCAAAGGACAGCAUUGUUUUUUAAUAGACACAUUGAUCAACUUAUCCUUUGCUGCCUUUAUGGUAUUGCAAAGGUUUGUCAAUUAGAACUGACAUUCAGGGAGAUACUCAACAAUUACAAGAGAGAGCCACAAUGCAAACCAGAAGUUUUUUUGAGUAUCUAUGUUGGGAGUAGGAAUCGCAAUGGGGUACUAGGAUCACGCCAUGUUGAUAUCAUUACCUUUUACAACGAGGUGUUUGUUCCAGCAGCCAAGCCUUUCCUGGUGUCAUUCAUCGGUUCUGGUACUCGUCCAGAAGACAAGAAGAAUGCUAAUAGCCAAAUUUUUGGAUCACCCAAGCCUUCUCCUUUCCCGAAUUUACCAGACAUGUCCCCAAAGAAAGUUUCAUCUUCUCAUAAUGUUUAUGUGUCUCCUUUGCGGCAAACCAAGAUGGAUCUGCUGCUUUCACCAAGUUCCAGGAGUUUUUAUGCAUGCAUUGGUGAAGGCACCCAUGCUUAUCAGAGCCCAUCGAAAGAUUUGGCUGCUAUAAAUAGCCGCCUAAACUAUAAUGGGCGGAGAAUAAACACUCGAAUAAACUUCGACAUGGUUAGCGACUCAGUGGUAGCUGGUAGUCUGGGCCAGCCAAAUGGUGGUUCUACCUCCUUGGAUCCUGCAGCUGCAUUUAGCUCCCCAUCAAAGAAGAGAAAACCAGAUACUUGAUCAAAUAAAUGUCAACCUCUGUCUGUACAUAGCUCACAAUUCCACAGCAGGAUUUCUUCUGAAUAAGUGGAUUAAGCGGAGUGCUUUAACUGUACAUGUAUGUGUUAGUGAGUAGUAGCAGUUUACAGGCAGCAGACUGUUUCGGAUUAGCUUUGAGGUUGUAUCAUCAUUUGCCUGCUGAUUGAACACAAUUAGAUUGUAACAUCUGCGGUGUAGAAUGCUAAUGAACCUUAUAGUUAUUACUGAAUUGACUUGCAUUUGAUGUACCAAAUCUUUAUCCUGGCUCUUGCAAGGUUUUUAUCAGGGGUCUAUUUGGUUCCAAUAGUACUACACUUGAUUCAUACGUUUCAAAUGUUUUAACUAGGAUCUCCAAACCUAAAUUAUUUUCCUGACUAGGAAUAGUCAUCACGAGUCUAAGUUUGCUCCUCAGGUAGUUUAUUAUUUGAUCCUAUUAGUUUCUCAAUUUGCAAGUACUUUUAUCUGUUUCUGCUAUCUUUCUACUGUGUACUUCCAGCUUCUCCAUCAGAUUAAUCAUUCCAUAUACGGUGCACUGCAAGUGAUUUUACAUAUCUCCAUCAGAUUAAUCCUUCAGGUAUGUCUCAGGUAUUGGUGUUUUGUGAGAGAUUUUCUGUGAAAUUGCUUUUGUGGUGAAAAAUGUUACAGUACUAUUGACUACAUUGGUCCACUACAAUUAAUCUUUUCUUGCUUUGAAAUUUUUCUACUGUCUUCACUUGCACAACCAGAGUGAUUGAUUUUCCACAUCAUUCAAUCCUUUUCUCAGGACAUGAGGGGCAAGUAACACUUGACAGAUUUGCACUUAAUUCAGAAGGCUGAAAAUUUCAUAAACGAAAUGUGAAAUUUGUUAGAUUCUUCCAUUCAAUUAGUUCUUAGCAACAUUGGACAGUUAGAAAUCAAUCAUCCAACAAGAUAGAUGUUCAUUUUGUUAUUCCAAAGAAUCUGACAUUGCAUCUGCUUAUGCAGGUGAGAUAAAGAAAGCCUGAAACAUCAUUACCAUUUAAAACAUUGGCUCCUGGAAAUUCAAAUGAUCUACAAAGCUACUCACCACCCCCAUUGGAGUGAGAUCAGCAGCACCAGCACAGCAAGGUCCUUCAGCUACAUCUGUCAUCGCCAUGUACGAUAGAGCCUAUGGUGGCAGGAGUUGUUCUUAAACAGCACCUGCUCCUAAAGUUUGUUCUGCACAUAUUGCAUCUGAUUGUAUUGACAAGGACCAUGAGCCUCCAUUCUGGUACCUUCAUAUACACACAAUUGAUAGUUGCUGACCUGGACACAAGUAUGCAUGAUGGCAAAUGGCUGCAGCUGCGGAAUGAGAUUCCCCCAUUUCCUACCGUGGCUGCCCUGCACAGAGAAUGAUUUGAGCAGCUGUGACCUGGAGUGCAAACAUGAAGGCCCUGCAACCACUUUACAAAGCCACAAUUGUUCUGCGUGCUCGCUUGUGAACUUAAAGAUCCAUUCUCCCUGCGGUUUUGCCAAGAUAAAAGCCAUUUCCGGUUCAUGUCGCCUCCCUGACAUAUUUGCAGAUUGGUAUUUGUUGCAGUUGCGCUGCUUAAGUCUCAGAGCAGAACUCAUUGCUACAUCAUGGUGAGUUUCAGGCAAUACUCAAAAGAGAGCUGCUUUUCGCCAGGAAAUGAAGGACAAAUGGUGAUAGGAUGAUAAUCAAAUUCAGUUCUCUGUAUACAAGCAGCAGAAUUUGGAAUUAGCUUUGAGGCAUAUCAUUUCCUUCCUCUGCUUAUUUGAAUGAGUUGUAACUUCUGAGCUGUGUAGGAUGCUAACUGACCUUAAUUUUGUAACCGAGCAAUUUGCUAGCAUUUGGUGUAUGAAAUCCUUGUUCUAACA